CAAAAUCCCUAACUUUUUUUUUUCUGUAUAAAUACCCACCAGGAGUGCUAAUGGAGAGAGAAAGUGAAGAACAAGUUGGGAGAGAGAGAAGGAUGAGAAAGGGAGAAUAGAGAAAGCGCACUAAAAACGUCUUCUCGUUCUCUUCGCUUUCUCCAAAAAUUCUCCGAUCUGUGCAUAGAUAUAAAGUCAAGGAAGGAAGGAAAUAAACUAUGUCUUCGCUUAGCAGAGAGCUUGUGUUUCUCAUUCUUCAGUUUCUUGACGAAGAGAAAUUCAAAGAGACUGUUCACAAAUUGGAGCAAGAGUCAGGGUUUUUCUUCAACAUGAGGUAUUUUGAAGAUAUGGUAACAAAUGGAGAGUGGGAUGAGGUGGAGAAGUACCUAUCAGGGUUCACAAAGGUUGAUGAUAACAGAUACUCCAUGAAGAUUUUCUUCGAGAUUCGAAAGCAGAAGUACCUUGAAGCUUUAGACAAGCGGGAUCGUGCAAAAGCAGUGGAUGUUUUAGUGAAGGACUUGAAAGUGUUCGCUGCUUUCAAUGAAGAACUUUUUAAAGAAAUUACACAACUACUGACAUUGGAAAACUUUAGAGAUAAUGAACAGCUAUCUAAAUAUGGAGAUACUAAGUCUGCUAGAGGCAUAAUGCUUGCUGAACUAAAAAAAUUGAUAGAGGCAAAUCCUCUUUUCCGUGAUAAGCUUCAGUUUCCAACCUUGAAGAAUUCAAGAUUGCGGACACUUAUUAAUCAGAGUUUAAAUUGGCAGCAUCAGCUUUGUAAGAAUCCAAGGCCUAACCCUGAUAUAAAGACCCUAUUUGUGGACCACAGUUGUGGGCAACCGAAUGGGGCACGUGCCCCAUCCCCUGUCACUAAUCCGUUAAUGGGUGCGGUGCCUAAACCGGGGGGUUUUCCGCCACUGAGCGCACAUGGUCCAUUUCAGCCCACGCCUUCUGCUCUUCCAACAUCCCUUGCUGGAUGGAUGGCAAAUCCAGCUCCUGUCCCUCACCCAUCUGCUUCUGCUGGUCCAAUUGGUUUAUCUGCUCCUAACAAUGCAGCAAUAUUAAAGCGUCCUAGGACUCCUACAAAUAAUCCAUCUAUCGAUUAUCAAACAGCAGAUUCUGAACAUGUAUUGAAGAGAACAAGGCCAUUUGGAAUAUCAGAUGAGGUCAAUAAUCUACCCAUUAAUAUUCUGCCCAUUGCAUACUCCAGUCAGACACAUGGACAAAGCUCCUAUUCUUCUGAUGACUUGCCCAAAACUCUUGUUAUGUCUUUGAAUCAAGGUUCAGCAGUCAAGAGCAUGGAUUUCCAUCCGGUGCAACAAAUUUUACUUCUAGUUGGGACAAACAUGGGUGAUGUCAUGGUAUGGGAGUUGGGUAGCAGGGAGAGGAUUGCUAUCAAGAAUUUUAAGGUUUGGGACAGCGCACGCUCAGUGGGUCUGCAGGCAUCUCUCACCAGUGACUAUGUUUCAGUUAACCGUGUGGUUUGGAGUCCUGAUGGAUCUCUUUUUGGUGUUGCAUACUCUAAGCACAUUGUGCACCUAUAUUCAUACCAUGGCGGUGAUGAUGUAAAAAACUACCGUGAGAUUGAAGCACAUGUUGGGAGUGUUAGUGAUCUUGCCUUCUCUUAUCCAAAUAAGCGACUAAGUGUUGUCACUUGUGGCGAGGACAGGGUUAUUAAGGUUUGGGAUCCAGUUACAGGAAAUCCAAAUUUUACUUUUGAGGGUCAUGAAGCACCUGUAUAUUCUGUCUGUCCACAUCACAAGGAAGAUAUUCAGUUUAUCUUUUCAACGGCUACUGAUGGAAAGAUAAAGGCAUGGUUGUAUGAUAACCUGGGUUCUAGAGUUGACUAUGAUGCGCCAGGCCACUCCCCUACCACAAUGGCAUACAGUGCUGAUGGAACAAGGUUAUUCUCAUGUGGCACAAACAAAGGAGGAGAAUCGCACUUGGUGGAGUGGAAUGAAAGUGAAGGAACUGUUAAGCGUGCUUAUAUUGGUCUUGGUAAACGAUCUGUGGGAGUUGUCCAAUUUGAUACCACUAAGAAUCGCUUCUUGGCUGCGGGUGAUGAGUUUGCAGUUAAAUUCUGGGACAUGGACAAUGUCAACCUGUUGACAAGCAUUGAUGCAGAGGGUGGAUUGCCGGCUUCUCCUUGUAUUAGAUUCAACAAGGAAGGGGCAUUGUUAGCUGUCUCAACAAAUGACAAUAGCAUUAAAAUUCUAGCCAAUUCAGAUGGUAUCAGGCUGCUACGGACAGUGGAUCGUACAUUUGAUGCUUCUAGAGCUGCUUCUGCUGCUGUUGUGAAGGCACCAGCAAUAAGCAAUUUUACUUCUGUCAAUGCUACUGUUGGAACCAGCAUUUUGGAUAGAGCUGCUCCUGUGACGCCUGUGGUUGGAAUAAACAGUGAUAGUCGAAGUUUGGUUGAUGUGAAACCUAGAAUUGCAGAUGAGCCUGUUGAAGCCUCUAGAACCUGGAAAUUGACAGAAAUAAAUGAACCAUCACAGUGCCGCUCUCUGAGGCUCCCUGACAAUUUGACAGCCAUGAGGGUUUCUAGAUUGAUUUAUACAAAUUCAGGACUUGCUAUAUUGGCAUUAGCGUCAAAUGCGGUGCACAAACUCUGGAAAUGGCAGAGAAAUGAUCGAAAUCCUAGUGGGAAGGCCACUGCUAGUGUAGUGCCACAAUUAUGGCAACCUUCUAGUGGAAUAUUGAUGACUAAUGAUAUGAGUGACACAAACCCUGAAGAUGCUGUUCCUUGUUUUGCACUUUCUAAGAAUGAUUCUUAUGUUAUGUCAGCUUCUGGGGGAAAAAUAUCUCUUUUCAAUAUGAUGACAUUUAAGACAAUGACGACAUUCAUGGCCCCACCACCGGCUGCUACAUUUCUGGCUUUUCAUCCCCAGGACAACAAUAUUAUUGCAAUUGGCAUGGAGGAUUCCUCCAUCCAAAUUUAUAAUGUUCGCGUUGAUGAGGUUAAAACAAAGUUGAAAGGUCAUCAGAAAAGAAUUACAGGCCUCGCUUUUUCUCACUCACUAAAUGUGCUCGUCUCUUCUGGAGCUGAUGCCCAGUUGUGUGUUUGGAGCACUGAUGUGUGGGAGAAGCAGGCUAGUAAAUUCUUGCAAGUUCCACCUGGAAGAGGUUCAGCUUCUCUUGCUGAUACAAGGGUUCAAUUUCACCUUGACCAGACGCAUCUGCUGGCAGUUCACGAAUUUCAAAUAGCUAUAUACGAAGCACCAAAACUAGAAUGCCAACAGAGGUUAUCUCGAGAAGCAACUUGUCCAAUCACACAUGCCACAUAUUCCUGUGAUAGCCAGUCAAUAUAUGUUAGCUUUGAAGAUGGCAGUGUGGGUGUUCUUACUGCUUCAACACUCACAUUAAGGUGCAGAAUAAAUCCUACUGCGUACUUGCCUCCCAACCCUAGCUUGAGGGUAUACCCUCUUGUCAUUGCUGCACAUCCAACUGAGUCCAAUCAGUUUGCAUUAGGGCUAACAGAUGGAGGAGUCCAUGUGCUUGAACCAUUGGAGACAGAAGGAAAAUGGGGCACCUCCCCUCCAGUUGAAAAUGGUGCUGGUCCUAGUACGGCUUCUGGUGCAGCUGGUUCAGAACAAGCUCAAAGGUGACUACUGCAUGCAUGGCUUUCACCAAGUACCUUGAGUGUAUGUAUCCGUUCCUUCUGAUCCCGCUCCCUGGGCCCACCACAAUGUGAUUUUCGAGGGGAAGCUGCGGAAAUUAGGUGUUAUAGGUUUAGUAUACUUCAGCUAUGGCUUCAGCUCAACCUGACAGAUGAUAUAUAUCAUAACUAUAGUGUUUACAAAGGAUGGUAUCUUUGGUUCCCUUCAAUGAGAAUGACUGGAGGAGCAUGAAUGUUUAUGGUGUAAAUUCAGAGUCAAAAAUAGAAUUUGAAAGGUUCUUUUUUGUGAAGAAGUUAAUGAGUUGGUUGGGCUGGGAGCAGUGGCUGUGUCAUUACUCAUAUGUUCAUUUUUAUGGUAGUUUGGAAGAUAGUGAUCUAAUUAAUUAGUUUGAGCAGCAGCAGUUAUCUUUCCAAUUCAUUAUUAUACAAAUACAAUGUCAUUAUCA